GCUGCGCUGCGCGUUGCUGGAGACCUCCGUGCUGGAGACGCUGCCAAAUGUUUUUAAAGCACAUUUAAAAGUUUGGCACUGUUUGGCUGUCAUGUUUGUUUUGAAGGUUUUGGUUUGUGCCUUCUUUGCGAUGCUAAGAUUUUUCAGUUAGCGUUGUUUAGAACCCCCAGUGGCCGCGUCUUUUUCCUGCAUAAUCUGAUCAAGCUGUUGCGUGAGCUCGCGCGGCAACUUUGAUCGCUUUGGCAAAGACACAACUGCAAUAGCGUCCGUAACUGCGAGGCGGAGAAACACGUUGCGCGUUGUAACACAGUCGAAAAAAGUUCGCAAAAGCUGGAGUCGCUAUCUCGCUGCCUCGGUAAUUGCGAAGCUCAAAAACAGCAUGUGUGACGGCGGCGGCAAGCGGUCGUUGCGACUGGACUUCGUAGACUGUCAAGCGCAUGCAUCGACCAGCGAAGGAGCGGCUCCGCUCGUUGAUCCUAGCAAGGUCCCGAAAAGCUCGCGCGACCCGCACCGCGGCUUAUACCCGCGGCCUAGCAGGUGCCAGAAAGAGGAAGCAGCCGGGUGCUCAUUCACUCCGGCCGUUGCGUCGAACGUGCCGACGUUCCAAAAGGCCAGCUCGCUGCUGAAAAGUAGCGCACCUCCGGUCGGCAAUCGUCACGAUGACGCGCGACCACCGGUGGUCGAGCGGCAGCCUGCCGGAAAGAAGUCCCUCGACUCGGGUCAACAAGAUCACCAGUUACUUCGAAGCGACGCGCAGGACAAAGCGGCAACGGUCGCCUUCGCCAAGUGCGGCAUCUCAUUGUGACGCCGAGGAGAGUCCGAACUCCGUGCCACUCCAAAGACAGGUUGCAACUUGCGUCGGAACAACCCCUUUGGUUACUCGGAUAGCAGCUCGGAUUCGGUGGUGAUCACAGGCGUGUUUGGCCUCGUCCCACCAGCGCCCACUGAGCAAGAUGAUGAAGACCUAUUUGCACGGCUGCCUAACGAACUUCUUGAGCAAGUUCUGGCCCGCCUAGGCAUGCAAGACUUACUGCUCACCUGCAACCGCGUGUGCAAGCGCUGGAAUGACGUCAUCUGCAAUCCCUAUUUCCUUGUCCAGCGGAAACGCUACUAUCGCUUCAAGUCUGAGCGUUGCAGCGACACCAAGGCAGAGAUGGUUGCCAUUUGCAAAAAGCACAACAUGAACGAAAUGUCAUGCUGUCUUGUGGAACUCAACAGGUACAUGGCUGGUUACAGGGCAAGCACCAAAGGCCUCCCAGAGGUCCUGCGUCGGCACCCAAUGUACAAAGAAAUUGUUUAUAUGCUCCCAGCUUGCUAUGGCGUCUCCUUCUGGCCUCCAAAUGCACCUGACAGUGCCUUACCCUGGUGGAGUGCUGUGGCAUUGCUGGUAACUAUGGUGGGCCGAAGUGUAGAGGAUUUGCUCCACCUCUUUUGUGGGUCUGUGGACAAGCUGGCUCUGAGUGAAGCGCUGUACUGCUUAGCCACAUUCCUGCUGCAUUUCCAACGAACAUACGGCCUCCGUCAUGGGCUCCACUACCGUGUCUACUAUGUGCUGCACGUUACAGAGAGGCCAGGGAUGGCCACGCUCAACAUUGAGAGCCGAUCAGGCCAGCAGAGUCUGUGGAUCUUUAAGGAACAGGAUCAACGCAUGCGCUUCACUCACGAGCAGAUGCGCAUAAUCAAUCAUGAGUUGGCACCCACUGACGUUGUGCGCAUCCUGGCCUUUGCUGGGACUGGUAAAACGUCUACACUUGUGGAAUAUGCCAGAUUGAGGCCUGCAGCCAAAUUUCUCUGCAUUGUCUACAACAGGUCUGUAUGUGAUAUUGCCAAGCGCACAUUUCCACCCAACGUGACCUGCACUACAGCACACUCACUGGCAUUCCGGGCAGUCGGCUUUCUAUACAAGGCGAAGCUCUCGGCCAAGAUACGGGUGUUGGACGUCAGCAAGCUGGUGCCGGUGCCAUUGUCCACGCGCAUGCCGCGGCUGCGCUUUGCAAAGCUGGUGCUGAGCAGCUUGGAGAACUUUCUGGCCUCGGUCGACCUGCAAAUCACUGUGGCCCACGUUCCAGACCAUGUAGUUGCCCUCGAAGAGUAUGGCCGGCCUGUGCCCGUGCACCCGACUGACCAAUCGGCAGUGUGUGAGGCAGCUAGCCAACUCUGGGCUCGUAUGAAGGACAGGAACGAUGUGGAGGCGCGGAUGACGCAUGACGGCUACCUCAAGCUGUACCAGCUGCGACAACCAUCACUGGGCUCUUAUGAUGCCAUAUUCGUUGACGAAGCACAGGACUGCAACCCUGCCAUGCUUUCGCUGGUGCUGAGACAACCGUGUGCCAAACUCCUGGUCGGCGAUCCCCACCAGCAGAUCUACUCUUUCCGGCACGCGAUCGAUGCUCUUUCCACUGUUCCUGCCACUCACACAUUCUGCCUAACACAGUCUUUCAGGUUUGGCCCCGAGAUAGGCUAUGUGGCCUCUUGUGCACUUGAGGUUUUCAAGGGCAUCACCAACAAGACCAUCGUGGGAACAGAGAUGUCGG